AUGGACUCGACUGCUCGGAACAACGAGGAACGGCAGGCCCGUCAGACGCUAGUGGAGUCGCUCGUCAGUCUCGGCACGCGGGCGUUUGACCCAGAUGCCUCUGACGGACAGGCUGUCGCUGCCAGCCGCCAGCAGUUUUCCGAACUCGUUCAAGGCGUACAACCGGUAUCCCUCCUGCCGGCGCUCAACGUGCUCAUCCAACCGGGCCACGUGCCUGAAUGGCUACGAGCCGAGUUGACCAGCACGUUGGCCCUACUGCCACUGCGAGCUGGUGGUGUGCGGGCAACGCUAGAGUUUGUCUUUUCCGUGCACCCGGCGGGCGGCUCUGCGAAUGCCGCGGCCGCUGCCGCUGCUCCUCAAACAGAAGGUGCUAGUAUCACGCACGAAGCGCUCAAGAUGGCCACGCGCCUGCUCGCAAGUCCGCCGGCGCGAGCCACGGCCUCCAGCUGGUUCGAGGGCAUUGCACCACAGCUAAUGUCGCUGCUCGACGGCCACGACGGCCUCGAGCUAGCCAAGGUGGCCUCGUACGUCAUCGGUUUCGGCAUCCUCGGUCGCAAGAGCUUUGGCGCUCCUGGCGCUCCCGGGUGGAAGCACUUUGCAGAGCCCAUCCUGGCGGCCAUCGAUCCGACCACGAGCAGCAGUAGGUCCAGCAGCCGCGGUGGUGACGCCGUCGUGGACCUGCGCAGGGAUGCCGUCACGGUCUUGGUGCCACAACAGGAGGUCUCCCGCGGACUCCGGCGACUGCAGACUUUGAUCAUCUCCCAUCCUAACCCGGGCCUCACUCGGAGACUGCUGGGACCUCUUGUGCUGCCGCUCUGGGCUCUGUCAUCAUGGCCUCAAGGCGUACGGCAGAUCGAGGACGAAUACAGCUUGCCGGCCAGAAACCUGUUGAGGAUUUACCUCAGGAUAUCGUUCUCGGGCGAAAAAGUCCUUCCUAUGAUCCAGAGUCUCCUCUUUGAUGGCCCCCGCGAUCCGACAAAAAAGCCCCAAUGGAUCUACCAGGUUGCACAGUCGGGAGACGGAAUCUGCAUUGUGACCGCCCCCAUCGACCAGCCUGAUGUUGCCGAAGUGCUGCAGUCCCGACUGCACGAGAUAGAGCCCAAGUGCGACGCGCUGCUAAACAUGCUAGUAGCCAUCUCGACGGACGACGAUGCCAUAUCCACCGUGUUCUUGACUCUGUUCGCUCGCCGGAUGUCGGCCAAGAAGCAGAAGCAGGGACCGAGGGCAGCGGCAGACGUGGUGUUGAUCAAGCAAGAGGACGAGGACGAGAAAGAAGUUGUGGCAGACGACCCGCUGGCCGAGCUCCUGGAGAGCAGCGUUCUGCAGCGAGUGAUGGAGAGGUUUCCGGAGAAACUGGCUCGCCGGCCGCAGGACAUUGUGAAGCUGGUCGAGGGCAUGCUGGUGCAGCUGGAUGAGGCGGAUGACUCGACCGCCGUGGCGCUGAGUCUGCUUAACCUCGUGGUCACGGCGCCGGGCUUCCGCAAGGCACAGAUCGCAGCAGCGACAGUGCAGUCGAUCGAGGCGUCGCUCGAGCGAAUUAGCACACAUUCAGGCACAGGCACAGGCGCAGUGGCCGAGACUGCGGCAACGGCCAAGAACCUGCUGCUCUUUCUGCGGUACCGCGAUGAGAUGGAGGAGCCAGACGCGACGGCACCGACAACAGAUGCAGACCGAAGGCGCACAGAAGACCGCAAGACGUACAGCCUAGCCAUUUCGUACAUCACGCAGGCUGAUGCGCCGCCGCCGGUGCGGUCGGAGGGUUUGAGCCUGCUGCAGGGCCUCAUCACGGCAAACAGCGCGGUGCUGGAUGUGGCGGCACUGCUGGUGCUGUUGUCGUCGCUGCUAGACGAGAGCGAGGACUAUGUGAACCUGCGGGUGGUGCGGAUGUUUGCGCAGGUGGCCGAUCGCCAUCCACGAGCGACGACGCGGGAGCUGCUGGACCACUAUGUUGAUGCGGGCGAGACGCGGCGGGUGGACACGCGGCUGCGUUUUGGCGAGGCACUGCUGCAGGUCAUCCAGCGUCUGGGCGAGACGUUUGCCGGCGAGACGGCCCAGCAGGUCGGCCAGACGCUGCUGGAAACGGCUGGCCGACGGGGCCGACGACCGAAGACGGCGGCGAAGCAGGCGCGAGAAGAACGACAGCGAGAGAUGAGGGGGCGAAAGGUCGAAGCAGACGAAGAAGGAUCGGACGAAGACGAGAACGAGAGGGAAAAUGAAAACGACAGAAAAACAAACGAGAUUCUCAGCCGCAUCGUCGACGGCUGGGGCAGUCGGCGUGGCAGCGAGGACGUGCGGAUCCGAGCGUCGGCCCUGUCGAUCUUGGCGACGGCCGUCGAGACCAACGUGGCCGGUCUGGGUGCCUCGUUGACGUCGGCCGCUGUAGAUCUCUGCCUGCACGUUCUCGCCAUCGAGCCCGAGCCGGAAAAGGCGAUCCUGCGGCGUGCUGCCAUCGUGUUGGUCCUCAGCUUCGUGCGCGCACUGCAUGACGCCCGCGAGGCUCAUCGUCGUCUCGGCUUCGGCCUCACCCAGGCCAGCCAGGACGACAUCCUGCGCAUCCUUCGCUACGUCGCCGCUACCGACGAGGAUGGACUCGUUCGCCAGCACGCCGCCGACGUCAUCGAGAGCCUGCAGAACUGGCAGCUCGGGUCGCUGGUGCCGAUGGCCGGAGACGACGGAGCAGGACCUGGUCUCGGCAGGCUGGCCGGCCUUUCCCUCCAUCCAUCGCUGGACACAGGCAGAAGCACAGACGACAGCACGGGCACAGAAGCCUUGCGGAAGAGGCCCCGGAUCGAAGAGGUCGAGUAG